AUGAAUCUGCUAUGGCUUAUGCUUCUACUUCUUCAUCAAAGAUAUACUUUGGUUCCUAUCACCACAGUCCACCUUGGGGAACCUGUCACUUUAUCAUGUGUUUUGACUGAGCAGUUUCAGGUCGUAACAUGGGUUCACUGGUACAAGCAAAGUGCAGGAAAUACUCUGAAAUUAAUUGCAAUGUUGCGUAAAAGUACAAACACUGCUUAUGGACCAGGAUUUUCAUCUACAAGAUUUACAAUAACAAAUAAUGGCACACAAAGCAGCUUGUGUAUUUUGUCAGUCAUUGAACAAGAUGAGGGAAUGUAUCACUGUGCUCAUAUGGGCUGGACUCAAUCUAUUUGGACUGGGAUUUAUUUAUCAUUAAAAGGAAACUCUCAGAGGACAUCAAGCUACACUAUUGUUCAGGAGCAAACAGUUUCUGAUCCCACUCGUCCAACAAGUCCAAAGACACUGCAAUGUUUAGUCCUGUCUGAAUCCGAGAACACAACCUGUUCCGAUGAACCUAGCGUAUUCUGGAUAAGAGCUAGAUCAGACACAUCUAAUCCAGACAUCAUCUACACUGAGGAAAAAAUUUAUAAAAAUUGCAAAAAGACAUCAAACAAUCAGAAAAAAUGUAGUUACAACUUCUCUAAGAGCGUCACCUCCUCUGAAUCGGACACCUUUUACUGUGCUGUGGCUACAUGUGGAGAGAUAUUACUUAGCAAUGGACCAAAGAGGGUAACAAGCAAUCAAGAUAAAAGAUUAAGUUCUGAGAGGAUUGUUCUCUUGAUCACCUUAAUCUCUUUAGCCAUUUCUGGAACCAUGAAUAUCAUUUUAAUUUGCUGUCGAUCUCAAAGAUCAGCAUGUGCCCGAUUUAAAGAAGCUCAGUUGCUGAAGUCCACCCCUCUCUCAAGCACAUAG